CUUGUACGUGACGUUUAAUUUCUGCCGUGCAUCGCAGCAUAUUAGAUAGCUUGCAUAUGCCAGAAUUUUAUGGAAUCCAAUAAACCUCCUGAUACAGUUUUAGUAAAAAAUACUCACAAAAAACACUUGCCAAAUAAAAUUUCAGCCAGCGUAACGACCAUUAUCAUAUAUAGCGCUACUCUCACAUGAGUCCAAGGAGGGAACAGAAAUGGCUUCAAAGAGAGACAUUUAUUACGAAAUUGCAAGAAAAACAUACGAAAAAUUUUAAGACCUGGUUAGAUUCGUGUUGCUGUAACAGUGAGGUAUAUCAGAGACAACAUUUCAUUUUCUCAGGCAGAUUUAGCCGUUCACAGAGAAAAGCUAAAGGAGUUGCGCUCUUGUUUGAAAGAAUCACUGGCAAACAAAAAUCCUGCUGGUGGGCAGAUCUUGCUCCUUAUAGGACCUACGGGUUCUGGGAAAACUACUGCUGUUGAUGUCCUCGCUCGUUCAAUAUCUCCUGGUAUCGACGUAGUGGAGUUUACGGAUGAAGGUAUUGGUCAUGAUGAGUACACGGAGUUGGAAAGGUUCGUUUCAUCGUCUGGAUUUUAUGGUGGGAGAUCUGUAUGCCCAAAAAGUCUGGAAAUAUCUAACGAAUGUACCUCUCAGGGAACAGUUAUGAUCUUAGAAAAUUUUCCUGUCUGUAUUAGUGAAAAUCCUUCGCGUUUUCAUAGUCUACUUCGUUUACAUAGUACUCGCGCACGUCCGAAUUGCUUGUUGGUCCUUAUUUUAUCCUCUUCAAACUUCACUCACAGUGAUCUUACCUGUGAAAGGAUUAUAUGUCCUCCAUCUUUGUGCAAUGAGUUACGAAUACGCCGCAUAGAAUUUAAUCCUGUAGCCCCAACUAUUAUAAUCAGAGCGUUGAAAAGGAUUGCAAAUAUUCAGACUCAACAGUUAGGUUUAAAACCACCAUCGCGUCAGCUGCUACAAUCCAUAGCAAGUGACUGUUCUGGAGAUAUUCGAUCAGCUAUUAAUCAGCUUGAAUUCCAACUUACAUCAGAUAACGGAAAUCAGAAAAAUUCUGAUCUAUUGUCAUCUCAUCGUGAUGGGGUUUUAUCACUUUUUCGCACUUUAGGCAAAAUUCUUUACUGUAAAAGGGAGUCUAUAAACAAUGAACAAAUUAUUUGUGACUCAAGUGGUAAGGAGGGCAAAUUGCCACCUCAUUUGGAAACAUGGAAACGACCACCACUUGAGUUUGACCUUGAGGAGGUAUUGGACUUAUGUCAUACAGAUGGUGGACACAUUGUCUCAUGGUUGCAUGAGAAUUAUCUUGAUUUCGCACCAAAUAUGACUGCCUUUGAACUGGUUUCACGUGAAUUCAGCUGGACUGAUGCUUUUUUAACCGGUGGAAUGAACUGGCAACUCGGUUUAACCCCAGCUUCAGAUUCUUUCGUCUCCCAAAAAUCCAACAGACCUUAUUACAUUGCAAGUAAACAUUACCCCGCUCUGGUGACAGCGCGAACAAUCCUUCUGGUUGAUGCUAUUCAAGAUGAGUCAGGAACUGAUUUUCGUAGGAAUGUCAAAGCUUUUCGUUCACUUCGUGCACCUUCCACUCUAAAUAGCUGGAAAAUUCGUAAAGAGAACUUUGAUAUAUUGGAUGACAUGUUUUUAUCACCUAAUGCUGUAUCGUUGAUCUGGUUAGCUAAACAUAUGAUUGCAAAUCGUAUUAGCAUGUUAUUGGAUUAUUUACCUGUGAUGUGGAAAGUGCUUGGGGAAUCAUGGUUCUCUCAGUUUGGUAAUUUUGAAGCGAUUGCAUCAUUGUGUAAAUUUUCUAAGUCUGGUUCUUCUUCUGUGCCACUGAGAAAUUCUCAGUACAAUAAGAACAGAGGUAGUAAUAAUUAUAAUAAUAACAGCAACAACAAGAAUAGUGUCUAUUCAUCCAACCGGAAUAUUCCUAAUGAUGGAAAUAAUUGGAUUUGUCCACCCGACGCUGCUGUUGAAGGCAAUAACUUCAAUAUUGACGAGUUUUCAGAUGAAGAGAAUCAAUUGCCAUGAAACUGAAGAUAUAUGCACUGAAUGUUGUCAUUCUAACUUUGCAGAAUUUUCACUUAUCUACUUGUGUUAACAAUACAGCAUUUAUUUAUAUUUGUGCAUUGACCACUGAUGAUUAAGAUCUCAUGACUUUUGCAUUAUUUUUUUUCUUUAGUGCAAGAAUUUUUUAUUUCUUUAUUUUUUCUUUGCCUUGAACUAUUUUUUUCAUAUUUAUUUAUCUACACAAUUUUGAUGUAUUUUAUUGUUAUUACAAUGAUUAGUUAUUUUAGGCUCGAACUUAGCUGUGUUUUUUUCCACUUGUUUUCUGGAGAUAAAUAUGACGUAAAUGUUUUCAACGUGACAACCAGUAAGUAAAGUGUUUUAUUUUUGACAGUCAAUAAAUCAACUGUGUUGUCUUUCCUCUCUGAGGAUGUGCAGUUAGAAAAAUUCGACUUUGAAAGUUGUAAAUCGCGAUGUAC